GCAUGGCCACCGCACCCCAUAAUCACUUGAAGAUGGUGGACGAUUUAGAGUACUUCAAUAACUAUCCAUGGGGUACUUUAUCAUAUACCACCACCAUUAGAUCGUUGAAGAGUGGUUUUGAGCAUAGAGAGUCCAUGGCUUUAAACAAGUUAAAGAGUUAUAGUGUUUAUGGGUUUCCUUUGGCUUUCAUGAUUUGGGGUUUUGAGACAAUUCCUUCGUUAGGUCAAGCAUUUGGAAAGAAGUUGCCGGACAUGGCAUUCCCUCGAAUUCUUAAUUGGCAUAUUUCACAAGUGCCAAGAUUUGAGAAGGCCACUGAACUCUUCGAUCAUCGUGAUUAUCCCGUUCAUGGCUUAAUGAAUGUAACGGAAUUUGAGUGUGCAUAUAUUGGCAAAAUUGCAUGGGAUGUACAUUAUGACACUACUCCAUACAGUGUUGCACCUGCUGUCCGAGACAAGCCACCACAGGAAAGUCAUGGUGAAAAAGAUGAAGGUGUUCCACUUACAAGUAGUGGAAGAAGUAAGAAACAAAAACAGGCGUCUGUGGAAAGUAAGGGUAAUGGAGGGAGGCGGCGAAUGGGAGAUAAGCCGACAGACCAGCCUUCAUCAUCGACUAUAGGAGUUGCUGCUCAUGUUCAUUACUACACUGUGGCCAUGGUAAACUGGGGAGUAGAAAUGGAAGACCAAAAGAUGUCAAUAUCAUUAACAUCCAUUGACCUCUCAAAUAAGGGAUUUGAUGGAGAAGUUCCAAGUAAUAUUUGCAAUCUGCAGGCUUUAGUUUCCCUCAACUUAUCCAGCAAUCGAUUCACAGGUGCCAUCCCAUCAUCUAUUCGAAACAUGGGGGAGAUUGAAUCAUUGGAUCUAUCAAACAACAAGUUGUUUGGUAGAAUUCGUCAACGGUUGACAAAACUCUCGUUUCUCGGGUAUUUAAACCUCUCCCAGAACCAGCUUACUAGACCAAUACCACAAGGGGGACAGUUGGAUACAUUUUCAAGUUCAUCUUUCGAGUGA